AUGGAGAGUAAGAACCUUCCUAUUUUGGAUCCCACUUCCGAUCCGAGGCAGGGCAAACUCCCAGGGACCGUUAUCACUGCACUUUCCAGGUCCGCGUCAUUUGCUGCUUCCCUUCAACACCCAACUGUAACGUUGAUAGAAGAUAUGGAUUCUGAAGCGAGGCGAAAAAGCCAGGCUAACGACGGCUUCGAAAUGGCUAAGAAGACCGUAAAAACUAAGAGAAUUGAAGAACCUUCUGUUGUAGCUACUGCUAACAAAUAUCUCCCGUUAAAUAGUAUUUCAAUCGAACCUCGAUCUGCUAUUGAAACUGUUAAUCAACCAGCUCCCCAAACAACUUCUCAAACAACCCCAACUAAAAUACCUCAAGUACCUCCGAUAGUCAUAACAGGCACACAUUCAACAACCUUUAUAACGGAAUUCAUGACUUCACUAAAUAUUACAAAUUAUUUCCUGCGCCACACAAGAAAAGAUUUACGUAUCCUUCUCGCUUCUGCCAAUGAUCGUACUCCUCUCUUGCGUGGUCUAACAGAAAAUAAUAUUAAAUACCAUACAUUCGCAGUUCGUGGAGAUGAACAACGACCUCAGCGUGAACUUAUCCCAAAGAGCCCUGAUGAAGAUGGACGGAAGGAAUGGGGUGAGAUGAGCCAAGAAACCAGCUCUGAUGUCAACUCUGAGCACAACUCUUCAGCAGAUGAGGACUCGCAGCUGCGAUUGAGGCUAAAGAGGAAACUCCAGAGGAACAGGACAUCCUUCACUAACGAGCAGAUAGAUAGCCUUGAGAAAGAGAGGGUUUCACCGGAUCGGAAUGGCAGCGGUCCACUCAAUAUAAAGCAUUCAUUCAUCAGUUCGGAAGCAAUCCAUGGCCAUGGCAAAUGCAAAUUUGAAUUGAUAUUUUUAACAAGGUCUAGGGAUUGA